AUGGGAGGCUGGUUCUCAUCAUUUCUCACUUUGAGAACGUUCCUAUACCCAUCAAAACAGCUAGCAAUCCAUUCUAUAGCUAAUCAGAACCCUGAUCCAUUUGUGAUACUAUCGGCAGCCGCUGAGAUUGCAGCGUUACAUAGAAGAAUGGAGGACACUUUAACGGAUUGCCCGAUUGUCGGUGGACAGAUGUUGCAAGAAGAAGCAGGUCAUUCAUCCGUCAAUUACGACGACACCGACCUGGAGGACUCGGUCUCCAGUUUGUUACGCAAUGAAAAGGACGAAACAAGCAGUUCGGAUGAAGAUGCGCUGUCCGAAACUUCUUGUCCACGGACCACACAGCGUCGUCGUCAAGAAAUGUUUGAAAUGCAUUUGAAAAUGUCGGAAAACUCGAAAAAUGGUCGUAUGUACAUUGGUAACCCUGAGGUUUGUAUUGCUGUUAGUUUUUACUAUUCCAUUAAAUAA